AUGCAUUUUAAACGUUUCCUCUGCUCCGCAACCGCCAACCGCCGCCGCCACCCCCACCGGCCCCAGCCGGCGGUAAAGCAAGUGGCGAAAUCCAACUUCUCGGAGGCUUUAUCCGAUAUCAAAGCCCGCAUAACCGAUUCCGAUUUUAUAGCCGUUUCGCUGCAGAAGACCGGCGGCCACUCGGCGCCGUGGCAGAGAACCAUUCCCAUUGAUACGGCGGAGACGGCUUACCUCAAGUCCAAGCGCGCCGCUGAUCGGUUUCAGAUUCUUCAGUUCUCGGUCUGCCCUUUCUCGGUUAGAGAUUCUAAGCUAAUUACGCAUCCGUAUAAUUUUCACUUGUUCCCUAGAGACGAGUUGAAAAUCGGGAUGCCAUCUUAUAGUUUUUCGUUUCAGUCUUCAUAUCUGACUUCCAUGGCCGGAGAAGGUUUUGAUUUUAAUGCCUGUAUAAUCAAUGGUAUAUCGUACUUGUCGCGAGCACAAGAAUCAGCUGCACGAGCCCGAUUUGGGCAUUUGUCAAAAGUUAGCAACCCGGGCGAGCCACUAUCAGCCCAUUCAGUAGCCGAUUCCCUAUUCACUCAAAGGAUACAAUCUCGAGUCAAGAGCUGGAUAAAAACCUGUAAAAAUUCAAACAAAACCGAGGAUGCUCUGAUAAGUGCUUUGAGAAAAAUUGUAUCAGGAAGUGAGGUUUAUGGUGAUAGACCAUCCUUAACUAUAGAUAUCUGCAGUGAACGUCAAGUGCAGCUUGCUUUGGAUGCAAUGAAAGAGUUCUCUGAUGUAGUACCACUACGUCAACAAGCUCCUGUGAAAGGAGGGAGUGUGCAAGUUGUUCGAGCUGUUCUGACAAGUUCAGAAGAAGACAAGAACCUUCUGGAGAAAGAAAUUGAGAGUAAGGAACAAGAGCAAAGGCUGCAAGUUCUUGGUUUUCGAGAGGUGAUAGAAUUGAUUUCAGCUUCUGAGAAACCUGUUGUUGCGCACAACUCACUUAAUGAUUUUACUUUUAUACAUUCAAAGUUCCUAGCUCCACUUCCUCCAACUAUGGAUGAGUUCACCACUACACUGCAUUCGGUCUUUCCUUACAUUAUUGACCUCAACCAUCUCAUGAAGGAAAUUGGGGCGUUUGAGAAAAUGAACAACAUAUCAGGAGCGAUUUCUUAUUUGGAAAGCAGAUUCUCUGCACCAAUAACCAUGGAGAUCUCCAAUCGAGAGGAUGCUGGUGAAGUCGAUGUUUAUGGUCAUAUUGUUCUGAAAGUAUGCCGUCUGUUUUUGAUAUUAUGCUCCAUAUUGAAAAUCUCUCUGGAGGCUCCUGAAGGCCAAAGUAGACAACUAUCUCAUUCUCUUCAUCGCUACACGGAUAUGUUAUAUCCAUGCUCGACUAAUUCUACAGACCCCGACGCUGACAAUGUUAGAAUUUCGACUGGAAACAGCCGAAUAGUGACCACUGACAAUAUAGUAUUCUUAUGGGGAUUCAAAGGUGGAUUAUCUGCCCGAGGUUUAAAGGACCUUCUAUGUGACUCACAUGAUGUCUUCUCUGAACAUUUUGAUGUCCGGAUGAUUAGUAGGACCUGUGCAGUAGUCGUAUUCUGGACUCCUGGUUUCUCAGAGCGUUUUCUCAGAAUAAUGGACUCCGGAGAUACUUUUUCUGGUAAGUUCAGAGAUAUGAUAUCGGUAGGUCUAAGAUCUUCGAGCUAUGAGAUGUAUAGAAAGGUGUGCGAGUCGGGUUCAUGGAAAUCUGAUUUAGCCGAGUGCUUAGACCAAGCCAUUGAUGAAACUGAAAAUAUUUCAGAAGCCAAAUCAGAGGAUAAGAAGUCUGUAAUCUACUGGAAUGAGGAUGAUACGAUCAACUUUGACGACCUUUAA